CUCAAACACCCUCAUCCGCCGUCUACAUCACCACCCGACCCGCUCGAGACUCAAUUGUCGCCCCACCGUCACAAUGGGUAUCACCGACUUUUUCUCCGACGUCUGGGAGACCUUCGCUCUCCCCUCGGCCGAUGCCGAAGCUCCUCCCCAGGGUGGCACAUCCACCCAGACACCCGCAUCUGGAACCAACGAGGAGUCUGGCGAGGAGGCCGAGGUCAACAAGCAGGACGCCAAGGAGCCCGAGGAGUCUGGCGAGCAGGGACACAGGCCCAGCGACGGCGGCGAUGACGAGGAGGAGGCCGAGGAGGAGGAAGAGGAGGAGGAGGAGUACACAGACCCCAAGGAGGUUCUCGAGGAGCAGUGCCGCAACUCCAAGGAGUGCCACGGCCCCAAGCACCACUACGACGAGUGCGUCGAGCGCGUCACCGGUCAGAUCGACAAUGACGGCAAGGCCAGCGAGGACUGCGUCGAGGAGUUCUUCCAUCUCGCACACUGCGCGACCCAGUGCGCCGCCCCCAAGCUCUUCGCUCAGCUCAAGUAAACCUGCCAGCACUUCGCUCACCUCGACCGCUACCGCGCCGAAUACAUGACUCGAUAGUUGGAAGACGGUGUUGGAUCGAAAGAAACGACAAGACACGUCAAGGAUGACUGUAAAUACCAGGGUCAUGUUUAGAAUAACACUGUACUAUUUACCAUGCCAAGCAAUUUCAUUACCUCAAUCACCGUCUCAGACUGCGCUCUCUGACAAGGC